UAGUCGCUGUCUUCUGUUGAUUGAAAGGGAAUCUAUCCCUCGCCUUCCGAUAUUUAUUAAAGCAAAUGUGCAAAUUAUAAGGCCGAAAACUGGGUUCAUAUAUCAGAGAUAAUCUUUUAAGGUUCGAGUUAAAAGAAAAUACGGACAUAAUAAAGAUGGCGGUAAUGAAGCUGUAAACCAGCCAGAUGUCUGAAAGCGUCGAAGAAGAAGUAGGGUUUUGCGCAUGAGUGAAUGAGUGUAGUUUUUUAUUGAUCUCACAGCAUGGCUCUCGUUCCAUAUGUAGAAAACCCCUUGCCCGCGCUUUCCAAACUCCAUAAUUCAUCAGCACAGUUUAGGUUCGCCAACCGCGACCUCCGACUCGCUCAGGACUGGAAGAAGCUCGGGGUGGCAGCAGUUGUGUGGGAUGCGGCAGUGGUCAUGUGUAUGUACCUGGAGCUGGGGAGAGUGGAGCUAAAAGGGAAGAAAGCAAUUGAACUGGGAGCUGGCACUGGACUGGUGGGCAUUGUUGCAGCUCUGCUGGGUGCCAGAGUGACCAUCACUGACAGAGAGCCUGCCCUGGACUUCCUCUCCACCAACGUGAAAGCAAACCUGCCCCCAGAUUCCCAACAAUCAGUAGUGGUGUCCGAGCUGACCUGGGGCGAGGGCCUCGACCAGUACCCAGCUGGAGGAUUUGAUCUGGUUCUGGGUGCAGAUAUCAUUUACCUGGAGGACACCUUUGUGCCCCUGCUGCAAACCCUGGAGCACCUGUGCUCGGACGCCACUGUGGUGUUACUGGCUUGCAAGAUUCGCUACGAGCGAGACACAAACUUCUUGAGCAUGCUCAAGCAGCGCUUCACCGUUGAAGAAGUCUACUACGAGGAGCAAAGGGACAUCCACGUAUAUAAAGCUUGUAAAGUGACACAGAGGAGAGAUUUGUGACAACUUAUUUAUGUAUAUGUGAAAUAAAAUAUUUGAA